AUGGCAGUGUGGCUGCAGGCUGGAGCUUUGCUUUUCCUUCUGGCUCUGUCAUCCGCAGGGGCCGAUGCUGCUGCCCCCCAACACCUGUGUGGCUCUCACCUGGUCGACGCCCUCUACCUAGUCUGUGGCCCCACAGGCUUCUUCUACAACCCAAAGAGAGAUGUGGACCCACUUCUAGGAUUCCUCCCCCCUAAGUCUGGUCAGGAGAACGAGGUGGCUGAGUACCCUUUUAAAGACCACACUGAACUGCUGGUGAAGCGAGGCAUUGUGGAGCAGUGCUGUCACAAACCCUGCAGUCUCUUUGACCUUCAAAACUACUGCAAUUAG